CGUUUGUGCACAUGUGCCUUGCCAGCAAGCCGCAUGCGUGAAGUUGGCAAUGCGCACUUGAGUACCGAGAGCUUACUGAUGCUGAAUUGUAACAAUGGCCAGCAUUAAUGGAAAGAGCCCUUCUACGAAUAACGAAACCAUCUUCGUGUGUUGCUUUGAUGGCUGCUCUGCAAGUUUUCCGAACGGGAAGAAACUAAAAUGGCACAUGCGGGUACACGACGGUGAUCGGCCCUUUGAGUGCACAUAUGCAGGCUGCAACAAGAAGUACACACGGCAGUUUCACCUUACACGGCACAUGAAGAAGUCACAUGAAAGCAAUAAGGAUCAAGUAAAAUCUUUCAAAUGUGUACACGGCAACUGUGACAAGGUGUUCUCUUGUGAAAAUGCAUUAUAUAAGCACAUGAAGUAUUCUCAUGAGAAGCGGAAGUUCCAGUGUGAACAUUGUCCAAAGGCAUUUGUGAAACAUCAACACCUUAAAGUCCACAGCUUCGAACACACUAAGGUGUUGCCCUAUCCCUGCCCAGAGCCAGGAUGUGACAAGGCUUUUUUGCUGCCAAGCAAGCUCAGAGCUCAUCAAAAUACACAUAAAGGUUACCCAUGCGAUGUGGAAGGUUGUGAAGCAGUGUUUGCUAAGUGGACUCUUCUCCAGAAACACAGAAAAAUGGAUCACCAGAAGCAGUUUCCAUGUCCCACAUGUGGCCGGAUGUUCUUCACCAAGUGGAACCUCACCACUCAUGCAGAGACGCACAGCACUGGCCGCGAGAGCUUCUGCUGCCCUCACGAGGGCUGCAGCCGUUUCUACUUCCAGGAGAAGAACCUCCGGCACCACAUUUCCAGCGCGCACGAAAACAAGCGGUACUCCUGCGAUGUUCCAGGGUGCACGAGGACAUUUUUUGCCAAGCAAUCAUUGAAGAAGCACAAAGCAAGCCAUGACCCAAAUAAACCUCUGCCUCAAAAGAAGCCCAACAAGACCACAGUGACGUGCCGCAGAAAAAACUUCCCCAGCAAGAGUGCAGCAGCCAUCUUGUCAGGGCAUACUCCACCAGCUGAAAGUGAGCAGAGACUUCUGUCACCAUGCGUCACAGCGGCUGACGAAGUGGAAUUGGAGCAAGGGCAGGAAGACAAAGAGAGCACUUUGGAGUUGCAAAAACCUGCAUCCAGCCUUGGUGUAUUAAGAACAUGCUUAGAGCCAACCUCCAGCACGAACAAAGACGCUGAUGCAAUGUCACCCCCAGAGGAUUGCACUCAGCAUGGCCACAUGUUUCCAUCGCCUGCUGACAGCCUAGCCGACGGACUAGAACAACCAUCUGCGCAAAGAGACUCGUUGGAGGUGGCAGUGCUGCAUGCAGUGCCAGAAUAUGCUCAUCUCGCAGGCGAACAGCAUAGAUCACAAUUGUCCAACCAAGAAUUGUGUAUGCACAUCAAGGAAACACUGCCGGUGAUUGGUACAUGUGAUGAGGGCUCAGCUCGUGGAGGUCUCGUUGAUGGUGGACUGAAUUCCGAGUGCAGUGAAAUCGCGAGCGAAUUCCAAGGCAGGCAUGAAAAUAGUUUUAUAGUGUCUGCAGUAACAGCACAGCGUGUAACCGUUUAACAUAUGAGAAUGUGAAAGAUGCUUGGAACUGGAAUGUUACAUGCACAGCUAGCAGUUUUGCAGUUUUUAUUGUUUUUUUUAAAGACACCAUCCCAGUGCUUAGAUCAGGGCAGUAACAUUUGUACAUAGUACCUGUGUCAUGGUGCAAUAACUUUCUUUUAGCAACAUACGUUUCACUGCUAACUCUCCCAAGAGUUGUCUUGCAUACUAUAAAUAUGCUUAGUGUCUGUGCCAUCGUCAUCAUGCCAAAAUGAGGCUUGGUUUGAUGUUAUUGGAAACGCUUCUGCAAGUUUUCCUGCCUGGUCAGUUUUUAACAGGUAGCAGCAGCUUUCGUAAGUUAACAGCAUGUUAUGCAAAUACCUAGCUGUAGAGUCUUACAUGUAAAGUGACCCCCCGCGGUGGCUCAGUUAGCUAAGGCAUUGCACUGCUGAGCACGAGGUCGUGGGAUCGAAUCCCAGCUGCGGCGGCUGCAUUUCAAUGGAGGCGAAAUGCAAGAACGCCAGUGUGCUUGCGUUGUAGUGCACGUUAAAGAACCCCAGGUGGUCAAAAUUAAUGCGGAGCCCUCCACUACGGCGUGCCUCAUAAUCAGAACUGGUUUUGGCACGUAAAACCCCAAAAAGAAGAAAGAAGUACAUGUAACGUGACAAGAGCCUGUUAGACCAAUGAUCACCUGUAAUAUGCCUUGAACAUUUGUCUUUCCCCUUCAGACAUAGUUUUAGUUUGAAGAUAUGCCACCACCUUUCAGAGAAUUUCUCUUUAUUUCCAUCUUAAAAUUAAUUGAACUAUUGUAUGUUUUGCUUCUAAAGGAUGGUUUCAAAGGCUUGUCUAGUACACUGAAAAACGAAAAAAAUUGAGACUUAUUCUUGAUUGCUGUAACUUAUUCUUGAUUGCUAUAAAGACCCAAAUUUGCAGUCAUACGCGUUUGAACAGCAAAUGAUUUGCUACUAAUACUAUCAAACAAGCAAGUUGUCUGCCAUUUGACUAACGUGAGUGCUUUAUAGCCAGAAAAUGAAUAAGCACUAAACAAAUCUGCCAUUUUAGUAAUUUUUCAAAUAGGUAUGGCUAGCAAGGCCACAAAUGCAACUAGUUGGUGACAUUCAGUGGUAAAGUGCACUGCUUAUGGCACUGAGGGAUGUGAACACACAUUUCAACGUAAGGAAAGCAUAGACGAAAUGAAGAGCAAAGAAGUGUUUUUAUAGUUAAAAACUGUUUCUAAAAACAGUCACAACUGUUAAAACGAGCUAGCUUGUGCUUCGUUUCAUCCGUGUCUCUUUUACGUUCAAUUGCUCUUGUGUGUCGCUCAGUGCAAUAAGCAGUGCACUUUACCCUGUAGGGAUGGCUCAUUAGCCUGCGUUGCAGAAGGGUGUUGAUCAAAUGAAGCACCAUAACAGUUAAAGUUUUCAAUUAGUCUAGUUCAUUUUGCAGCCUAAUGUUUAGAGAGCAAGCAUAGAAAGAUUGAGCAAGAAAUUAACAACAAAAUUAUCGGUGUUUACAAACAUGAAAUUGCAGAAAAUUGGGUUGUUGAGAAAUUCUAUUUUAACACUGCACAGACGCACUCGCUGGCAGUUCAAAAAUUGUUGGCAACAUUUGAAUGAAGCAGGAAACAUUUUUUUAGCGGCACAUUUCUGAAUGUUUUAGUGUUAAUGCCAAAUAGAAAAAGCCUUUUUCAUAUAAAAAAUAUACUAAUUCCAUAGGUGGUGACAUAUCUUAUGGCAAAGGACAAAUGUGUAAAACUAAGUGAACAUGUGUUUUGUUUUCUCUAAUGCUGUUAUGGAAUGUAUGGUGAUAACUUAAUGUUGGCUCUGUUGCUGCCUCAAACUGCAGUGCUUAUUGUUGAUAGCAUAAGAGGAAAGAAAGUGUAAAAUAUAAUAAAAUCCAAUGGUAUUGCUUUGUUA